AUGAUCAAAGCCAUCUUCUACAGCAAGUUCGACACCCAAGAGGGUCCCAAGGUUGUUCACCAAGUUCCAGACGGUGCUAUCGUUCCCUCCGCCGCCGCGCCCUCGCAGCCCCCCUUCCUGACCUUCUCCGACAUCUCCUUCUUCGUGAUCCCUCGGCAAGAACUUUGCGGAAACCUGAUUCAGGUUUGCACCAAUGGCUACCGUAUCCUGGGCUACCCGAUCUGUAUGAAGUCGCUUCGCUAUGACCGCAACGAGUUCAUCUUCAAUUUCUGUGUAGUGCUGGCGGAAGAGGAGGAUUUCAGCACCUACAAGAGCGUUGUGCAGAAGCUCGCGGAUCUGAUGCAUGGAUUGGAGGAACAGAAUGGAUUCUUGUCCAGAGAUCAUUCGAAGUCCGGCGAGGGCAAGGUAUACAGCUUGUGCGAGACUUUGAUGGAGGACUUGAACAACUACUGCGAAUGCAUGAUCCCUAUCGAUGAGCUGAAUACCCUCAACAUCAAACUUUUCCCAAUCUACCCGGCUCCUCCCCCAGUCAAGGCCUGGCAGGUCCCUUUAUUCACGGUCCGAUAUCAGACGUUCAUGGACGAGAACUGGGAUCUGACCAUGCAACGUAUCGUGCCCCAUAUCAACGGAGUCAACAGCGUACGGAUCAUUUCCAUCCUGGCCGACACCGACUUCUCCCUAACCUGUCGAGCCAUCCGGCACCUCCUCUACUACGGGUGUCUGUUUCUGCUCGACAUCUUCUCAUUCUCAGCGAUUUAUGCGCCCACCGCGCAGUUCAGCUCGACCAUCGCCAUGGACGAGGACAUGCAACAAGAAUGUGCGCGUUACGUCAACACCUCCUUUGCCUCGCCCGUCACUGCCGCAUCCGCCGCCCUCGCCGCCGGCUCCGACCCGGACGCCGUCUGGCCGCCGGUGGGCGACGUGCUCACCACCAGCAGCGCCAGCGUGACCGCGCCCAGCCGCACUCCAAGCCCGACCCUCCUCUCCAACGCCGUGAUGGCCACCUCAUCCAGCGUCACCGUCACCCCCAGCCCGGCCGCAGUAGCUGCCGCGGCCGCAACGUCCGUAUCAUCCGAACCCAACCCCGGCACCUCUCAAACCCGCGGACCCUACGAUAACCGCCCGGUGGUAGACGGCGCCGGUCUGGUCUCGCUGUACGCAAGCCUCAAACAAGGCCAAAACGUCAAGCAAUGGUACCUCCACCACAGCCGCGAACUCUCGCACAUCGACAUCCGCCGCUUCAUCACCUUCGGCGUCAUCAAGGGCUUCAUCUACCGCGUGCACAAAUAUGCCGCCUCUGCCCUUUCCCACAAUUACCACUACCACCACAACACCCAGAACAACCACCACCACCACCAACAAAGCCCCGCAAUCACCCCCGCAGGCGGGGGAACGCUCCAGAUCCCCAUCUCCAGCGGCCCCUCCUCGCGCGGACCCGGCACGGGCACGAAUUCCCCGUACGCGUCGAGCGCAGGCGACGAACCGGCGCCGAUUGCACAGCAGAACCAGCACCAGCACCAGCAUUCGCACCAGCAGCACCAGCACCGCCAACAUCAUCACUCAGAGGGACGGGAGCACUCGACCUCCGUGCACAGCGGAAGUCGUCCGGGGACGGUGGUGACACUCGACAACAACGAGGACGACGAGGACGAGGACGAGAUCGACGACAAGACGCUCUCCAAGUAUCUGGACGGGAUGCAUUGUUUCGAUCAGAUCUGCACGGAGCUUGAGAUCAGCGAGCGCGAGCUCACGGCGCGGUUGAAGCGGUUCCCCGGCGAGGUGUUGAUUAUCCAUCGGUGA